AAACUUCUGUAUUACAAAUGAAAAAAUGAAAAUCCAAUUUGUGCAGGUCCUUUCUGCAGAGUCUGCUACUGAACCUUUUGCAUAAAGCCAGGACAGCCCGUUCUUUAUUAACCAAACAUCUUUUUCACCUGGUCUGCCACGGGCAAGCUUGUUUCUGUCUGCUGUCUUGGGGUAGAUGGUGCCCUGGGUAGAUUGAGAUUCAAACAGCCCAAAGUUAUGAUCUACACGAAGAGCUUUGUCUUUACUCUAGCGUGAGUCUGUGGGGAGCAGGUGGGCUGGUCUUGGUGAAGAUAUUCCAGAAGAAGAAACUGCACGAGUUGAACUGCCCGAGCCCACUGGGGUUGGACAGAGGUGGCAAAAGGAGGGCUCCCUUCUGACUAAAGCUGUUCCCUGUUUGCCCGGCGGUGUCUGAGUGCCUGUGCUCUGUCCCUGCAGGCUGCUCGGCAGAAUGGCCACGGAGGAGCGGCACCUCUCCUCCAGCUGCGGCUCCUUCAUCAAGACCGAGCCCUCCAGCCCGUCCUCCGGCAUCGACGCCAUCAGCCACCACAGCCCGAGCGGCUCCUCCGACGCCAGCGGCGGCUACGGCAUGGCCAUGGGCGGCCACGCCAACGGCCUGGACUCGCCGCCCAUGUUCAACGGCGCGGGCCUCGGCGGCUCCUGCCGCAAGCGCUACGACGACUGCGCCAGCGCCAUCAUGGAGGACUCGCCCACCAAGUGCGAGUACAUGCUCAACGCCAUCCCCAAGCGGCUGUGCCUCGUCUGUGGGGACAUUGCUUCUGGCUACCACUACGGCGUGGCUUCCUGUGAGGCCUGCAAAGCCUUCUUCAAGAGGACUAUUCAAGGGAACAUUGAAUACAGCUGCCCGGCCACCAAUGAGUGUGAGAUCACGAAACGGAGGCGCAAGUCCUGUCAGGCCUGUCGCUUCAUGAAAUGCCUCAAAGUGGGGAUGCUAAAAGAAGGUGUUCGUCUGGAUCGAGUCCGUGGAGGCCGUCAGAAAUACAAAAGGAGACUGGAUUCUGAGAGCAGCACUUACCUGAGCUUACAGAUCCCUCCCCCAGCUAAAAAGCCUUUGACUAAGAUCGUCUCCCACUUGCUGGUGGCUGAGCCAGAGAAGAUUUAUGCCAUGCCUGAUCCAACCAUGCCGGAGAGCGACAUCAAAGCCCUGACAACCCUCUGUGACCUGGCAGACAGGGAACUGGUGGUGAUCAUUGGCUGGGCAAAGCACAUCCCAGGGUUCUCCAACCUCUCCCUUGGAGACCAGAUGAGCCUUCUGCAGAGUGCCUGGAUGGAGAUUCUCAUCCUGGGCAUUGUGUACCGCUCCCUGCCAUAUGAGGACAAGCUGGUCUAUGCUGAGGACUACAUCAUGGAUGAAGAGCACUCUCGUCUGACAGGGCUGCUGGAGCUCUACCUGGCCAUCCUACAGCUGGUGCGCCGCUACAAGAAGCUCAAGGUGGAAAAGGAGGAGUUUGUCACGCUCAAAGCUCUGGCCCUUGCCAACUCAGACUCCAUGCACAUAGAGGACAUGGAUGCAGUGCAGAAACUCCAGGACCUUCUCCACGAAGCCCUGCAGGACUACGAGCUGAGUCAGCGCAACGAGGAGCCCCGGCGAGCGGGCAAGCUGCUCCUGACCUUGCCCCUCCUGCGGCAGACGGCUGCUAAAGCUGUGCAGCACUUCUACAGCAUCAAACUGCAGGGCAAGGUUCCCAUGCAUAAACUCUUCCUAGAAAUGCUAGAGGCAAAGGUCUGACAGCCCCAGCACCAGCCGACAGUGGCCGGGGAACAAACUAGAAACAAAGAUGCAGACAACGGAGCAAUCCAAACAGCAGCAGCAGCCACCGCCGGCUUUUAUCUCCAAUCAUUUAUUAUGGAAGAAUUAUUUAAUGUCUAUCUGUCGGCGUGACUGCAGAAUCUUGUGUACAGGAGGGGGGAAACUUUUAAUCAGUCACCUGUUUCUCUUUUUUUCAUUGUUUUCUCUGUGGGAAAUACCAGAUUAUGCUCUUGCACUUGUUGAGGCAUCAUCGGGGCUCAGCCCCUCUGCUCAGUGAUGCUCUCAGCGCUGUCCAGGCUGCCUGCUUCCCAGCUCCCUCUGCCACUUCUGGAGGGGGAGUAGGGACAGAAGCAGGAGGAGAGGAAGAAUAGAGUCAAUAUAAACUUUAUCUGCUGGUGUUACAAGGGGUCAGUUAGAAAGGGAAGCAGCCACGGCCCUUCUUUUUGUCACCUUUCUGCCUCUUACCAUAGAGUAGAUGCUCCUUUGGAGAACAAUGCUGCUGUACCUCUCCUGAACAAAAAGGCUGCCUCCCAGACUCCUCUAACACUUGUACAUACAGGCCCCACUUCUUACUGGGAAAGAUGCUCCUAACUGUGUAAGAUAUUCUGCCACCUUGUACAGUGUGUCAUUACGCCUGGCUAGUCCCUCCCAUGUACAACCCUGCAGGCCCCUGAAGAGGUAGGAGGUAUGUCCUGAGAAAAUGCAAGUCUUUCCCAAAUGGCAAGAGAAAAGAGCUUGAUGUUAAGCUUCAGUGCUGGAUGGACUUGGUAAUCUCUGCAUCCUCUCCUAUGUGGUGCUAACUACAAUUCUUCCACACUCUUCACCCCAUAGUGUAUCACACCUGCCUCUUCAGCUCAGCUGAGUGCCAUUCCCUACCUGUUCCUUGUGGCAGAGAACACAAGGCUUUGUCUGCAUGGUUACUGCCCAAGUAUAAAUACACCCCACACCAGAUCUUUCCUAGACUUCAUUAGAGCUCCUUGACUCCACAGAGACUUUAGGCUUAUUGCCAAAUUCUAGUUAGGAAUCAAGAGCAGUGCUUUUCAGAGGAGGCAGCUCUAGAGCCUGAGAGAUUGCUUUCUUGUGGCAGCCUAGGGAAAUAAAUUAGAGGAUGGCAUGAAACCCCUGAUAGUCCAACUGCUGUCUUCCCCUGCCUCAUCCCAUUAUCCUCAACAGCAGGAAAAAAGCUAGCAUAGGUUAAACCUGGGGCUGGUAAGAGGUUCUCUUGCUAAUCAGAAAGCAAAUACCUGACCUUGAGGUGGUGAGAGAAGAAUGGGGGAACAUUUAUUUACUCCUCUUAUGUAACCAGGUUCCUGCUGUCUCCAAGACCUGGUUUAGAUCUGCUGCCUAAGCCAUAACUGCUGCAUUCCCAGAGGGGAAUGUAGAUGACUGACAAAACUGACUGUUGGUGUUCUCUGAAACUUUGUUUUCUAGGUCACUUAGUUUUAAGCCAUCCUGAGCUGAGGAAACCUGAGUAUAUUGUCUUUUUUUGUGGUCAGCAGCAUGACACUAGAGGUGAGAAAAAACCUCUGAUCUACAUUUGAGACACCACUAACUCUAUUGCCUCUGUUCUCCUCAAGCUUCCACCACUUCCUGGCUUCCUCAGGAGAAAGGUGGUGUAUCAGAGGAGUAACCUGCCCUCAGGAGGAAGUCUUCCAAACCAGGGUUGAGGUGUGUGAUCAGAGACACUGGGUGCUUGUUUUCUGCUGGAGCAGAAUGUGUCCCAGCAGGGCAGUAGUGCAGAGCCCUGCCCUGGCAGGCUCAGACACAGGGGUGCACAUGGUGACCUCUCAGGUCUCAUAGCCAGCCCACACCUUGUACUUAAGUUAGUUCCAUUCCAUCUCCUUUGAGUUUUUCCUGUGCUACACAGUCACUCAUUUUGUACUCACUUGGUAAAGGAAUUGUCUUGCUUCAGGCGUAUUAGUAAUCCAUCAGAGACCUAAGGGGCAGAAGGCACAUGGGAACUGGGACUCCUGUGCUCACAGCAGCAGCAAUUACACAGUGGCCUCGUGCUUCGAGUAAAUACUUGUGCUUCUCCCCCCCAUUCCCUCCCAGAGGCAUCUGGGGAGAAAAUGAGAGGCUUUUGGUUGCACUCAUGAUCCCUGUACCCAUCUGUGACUGAGGGACCAAAGUGAAAUGCAUGCCACCAUUACAGAGCCAGCUUGCCAUGUGCUGCACUCUGGCAGCUCUUUCUGGCUGUGGUAUAAUUGCUUUCACAGAUGCUCUGGGUUGCACUGUCACCUGUAAGCUUGACUCACUUGACCACUGCUGCAGUGCUGCCAAGUGCCACCCAGCUGAGCUGCAGCACGUUGUGUCCCAGCCUGCUGUGCAAAGGUAGCUGCCCCAAAAUGAGUUGAAAAGAUCCUAAGAAGCAAUUCCUACUCUGUUGGGCCCUGCUGGAAAGGUCACUUACUAACACACCAACACACCCAUCCAAUCCCCCCCACCCCACACCCAAAAAAAACCCCAAAACUACCCAAAAACAACCCAGAAGGCUCUUCUAGCUUUGUUGUAUUUGAACUCAGGCCUGCUCUCCAUAAAAGGAAACUAUUUAAAAACAUGAUUCUGGAGAGCUGCUGAGUUAGCUUCUAGCUCACAGAGACUGCUGGCUGUUUAGAUUAGGGCAAUGGGAGGGAGGCAACUCCUGCCUUGGCACAGCAGUAUGAAGAUACCAAAUACAUUUUUUUUCCAGGAACUUCUUUCUCUGUUAAAGCUGCAUAACGUUGGAGCCCACCUGAAUAUUCUCCAUUGCUUGACAAUAAUAUGCAGGGAAAUGUUUGCAUUUCUUCUGAAAUGGGAUGAGAAGUAAACCAGACAGGAUAUAUUAAACUCUCUAACCAAGGAAUGCAAACUCUUCUCCAGGAACUGGGACACAAACAUCUGUCUAGAUUUAACCCUUAAAAGGCUUGUACCAUCCUAAAUUGGGAAGCAGGUCAGGUCUCUUGAGCCCUGCAAGCAAGUGCAGGAGUCACAAUCAUCUCUUCCCAGUUACUCUGAUCUGCUGUGCAUCAUUAGUACUAUCCCACUGCCACAGCUGAGGAGCAUUUCCAGCUACACAAUGAGUGGGAUUGCAGAGGAGUGUAACAUAGUGUAGUCCCCCCAGUGCACUUUGAAGUAGGAAAUGAAGCUUCAGCAACUGCUUAGGUCUUUGAAUGCUCACAGUCUCUUUCAAAAAGGUCUGGAGAUGUGGAAGGUGAGACAUGAACUAGGAAAUGGGUUCUGGGUCAGUGCCCUUUAUGCUGCUCCUUUGUAAUAUAGGAUGCCCAGAGUCAGUGUCAUACAGCUGUCCUUCUUCAUGGGGUAAACGUGAUGGAGCUUGAGCCUUGGGACACUGAUGGGCUCUAUCUAUCUAAAGAAAAGAGAAGCAGUAGAGGUAUCAGUGACAGUGAAUAAACCCACACCAGCAACUACGAUAAAAGCAGCUCCAGCCCCUGAUUUGCAUGUGUGGAUAACAAAAACCAUGUACCUGUCAG